AUGGAUUCAGAAUAUCAAGGCUUACUAAACAGCAAAGAACGAGAAGAUGAAAGUAACGGGGCUCAUAUAGCCGAGAAGGUUGAAAAAGGAGGAGAAACGAUUGAAAAUACUUUAAUGAAAUUAAAUGUAAGAUAUCAAACCUUAUUUUUUUCAUCUGGGGUUAUGACUGUUUUUUGCGGUACCAUAUCAUUACUAGAAUCUCUGAGAUAUUUUUAUUUUACUAAUUUUGUAGUCUCUACGUUCUUAAUAACUAUGGGAUUAAUAAUGAUGAUCUUAGACAUCCCAGGAACCCCCAGAUGGGCUGCUAAACACAGAAUUAUGAUUAGAAAAUACAUAAAAUUUUUAACAAGGUUGACAGGAAAAGCUGUGUGGUUUUUCUUUUUGGGCUCAAUGUCCUGCCUGAAUUUAUGGCCACAUUCUAAAAAAGUGACUUUCUUUAGAUCCUUUUGGGUUGUUUUAUUUAGCAGUUUCAUAUUAGCAGUAGCAGUUGUUGGGUUUUUAAUAGCUUUAAGAAAGUCUUUAAGAUUAGAAAAAUUAAAAAAAACUAUCAAGUUAGUUUCAAAGGGGGCUUAUAUUGAUUGUUACAGAAAAUAUAGUGUAGCUGAUCCUGACCAUGGAAUGCAAUUUGAAGAGUUUAAUAGAAUGUGUUCAGAUCAUACGAAUGGUUAUAUAUAUUUUGACUUUUUAGAUUUGUUUAUUAUUUUUAAUGCUUUGGAUGAACACCAGAAAUGUUCCAUAAAUGAAAGAGAAUUUUUGGAGUGGAUAAACGGACCUGUGACCUAUUUAUAA